AAACGCACGUCGUCCCCGCCACGACACCCAGCCCCGCGUCCCAGCCCCAUGUACGACAUCCUCAGGGCCACCCAUCCGCGUCGCGCGGACGCCAGCAACGCACGACCCCGCCGGCUGCUCGGCCAGGCCCACAUCCAUGCCGCGCAUCUCGCGCCCCACCGGCGGCCUCGCGGGCCUCCCAAUUGCGACACCGCGCUCCCAUGCACCCGGGCGCAUGCGCGUGCGGCGUCGCGCCGCGAUCCGGCGAGGUCGAAAUCGCGCUGUUUCGGCCGGUUUCAUGGGCGAAACCCGUCGGGAGGCGGAAUAUCGCGCGUCCCGCGGCGCUCCCGUUCUCUGGCGCCGCGUAACUUGGCAGGGACGACCUAUGGAACCACCAGUACCACGCCCCGUCGUUUCUGAACGCGUCGGGAGGGUUUGAAAUUUGGACGGACGGCGGGAGGCCGGACAUCAUCGCGCGGCGGACCUGUGGAUCCGAGGCAGAAGCGGCGCGCGG